AUGGGCAACUGUGUUGGCGGAUUCAGGAAACGAACUCAAAAGCUACAGCACAAAAGAAAAGUUAGGAAAAUUCGAAUUUGCGUACUGGGUCUGGACGGCGCCGGCAAGUCAACUGCAGUACGAGCACUGGCUUCAGAAGACAUUACUGGCGUACAGCCAACAAAUGGUUUUACCUUGGAAGAAUUUAAGUUUCGAAAAGCCGAGAUUAUAGCAUAUGAUCUAGGCGGCGAUGAGAGAAUUCGCUCCAUCUGGAAGAAUUACUAUCCCGAGGCAGAUGUGAUCAGUGAUGAAGAUCUCAGUGGCAAACCGAUCCUAGUGCUCAUUAACAAAAACGAUCACCCGGGAUGUGUCGAUGAAAUUCAGCUCACCGAUCGACUGAAUCUGCAUCACUUAGCGAACUUAUACCGAACGCAAAUUCGAGUGGAAGUGUGCCAAUCGAAUAUGGGGACUGGAAAAAUGAUGGAUUCGGCGCUCAGAGACGGUUUCGAGUGGCUUCUGGAGAGGAUAUAUGAUGACUAUGAAAGGCUAGAGAAAAAGGUGAAUGAAGCACUGUUGCAGCUGAAACGACGUCAAGAUGAAGAGCGAAUGAGGCGACAACAUCGACUUGCAGCAACUGUUAGCAGGUAUAUGCAUCCUGAAGGUUUCGCUGUCCGGAUGCAGACAUGUAACGGAAACGAAAUUUUCAACUUUAUCUCAAACUAG